AACCAAGAAGGAGCAUCUGAAAAGGCUUGACAUGCUUCUGCAGACCCUAAAGGAAGCAGGGCUAAAAUGCAAUCCGGCCAAGGCACAGCUAAUGGCCAACCGUGUCUUUCUUGGGCCUGACCCUGACAAAAUGGGUAAAACCCUGGCGUAACAAAAAGUAAAUGCAAUUCAAACAUUGCCUUUACCACAGGACCUAAUGGCUUUAAAAUCCUUUUUGUGUUUAAUUGGGUACCACAGGAAUUUCAUUCUUAAUUUUGCUUCCAUUGCAGGUCCCUUGUGCCAAUUGUUAAAGAAAAGUGUCCAGUGAAAAUGAACUGAGCAACACAUGGAAGCAGUAUCUCAGCUAAAACAGACCAUUGUCAAGGCUCUGGUGUUGAUCACUCCAAAUCCUAAGAUACCCGAUCAGCCAAAGGUAGCGGUCUCAGUUUGUGUGAUCGGAAGAGAAGGGAUUUCUGAAACGAUGGAGCCCCUGUCCAGCUCAAGGUCUCAGAGGUUCCGCCACCCAGGACCACAACUAAGCUGUGACCUCAGAGAGAAGCAGCAGUAUCCACGGCAACUAGAUCUUCCUGCGCCCUAUUUGUUUGUUCCUUAUGAUAAGGGGAAUGAAGGAGACCAGGAUAUGGUGGCCUCGCUGCAUAGGUUCGGCUUUAUGAUGCCAGUGACGUUUGAGGAGGUGGCCGUGUACUUCUCUGAAGAUGAAUGGGCUCUUUUAGAUGAAAAGCAGAAGGACCUCUACAGAGAUGUUAUGCAGGAAAAUUACAAGACUCUCAUCUCGUUAGGAUUUCCAAUUGCUAAACCAGAUGUGCUAUCCCAGAUGGAGCGAGGGGAAGAGAUGUGGAUUCCAGAUCUCCGGGGCUCUGAGGAAAGGGAAAUCCCAAGAGGCACUACGACAGGUACCAGGACAGCAAGUGAAAACAAGGAGGAGAGUCCCCAGCAGGAAGGGGCUGUGGGAGUGAAGAUGCACAGGAUGUUCUCAGGAAGACCGCAGGGCCCUGAUGGGGCAGAUGUCAGCAAGAGUCAGGACAGAAUGGGGCGGCAGAGAGAAGACUUUCCAGGCAAGAGUAAAUCACUUCACAGCAAAAGAGGUUCGAGGAAAUCCAUAGACUCCAGCACCCACCCAGUAACCCAUAUUGGGUUGACACCAAAUACCAUCAAUGAACUGGAGGAAAGAGUCAGUAACAGCUCUCUUCUUAUUCAACAUUGUCAGCAAACUAGUGCAGAAAAGAGUGCCAUCAGGUGUAGUGAGUGUGGCAAAAGCUUCACUCGACAAGAAUACCUUCAGAUACAUCUGAAACUGCACAGAGGGGAGAGACCCUAUAAAUGUAACAAAUGCAAGAAAAGCUUCAGACACAAGACAAGCCUUGUUCUUCACCAUUACGCAGUCCACAAGUCGGAGAGACCCCAUAAGUGUCCAGACUGCGGCCAGCAAUUUAUUCUGAGAGAGAGAUUUAUUCAGCAUCAGAGAAUCCACAAAGAAGAGGCAUCUAGAAGGUUCAACGAUGGGAUUGUAAGUGAGAACAGGGACAAGAAUCCCCAGAAGAAAGGAUCUGCGGGAGCAAAGACAGACAUGAUGUUGUCGGGGAAACUCCAGUGCCCUGAGUGGGGAGAUGCCAGUGAGAGUAGGGGCAAGGUGAGACAGCAGCACGGAGACCCUCCAGACUGGAGACAAAGUAAAUCCACUUGCAGCAAAACAGGCUUCAGGAAAUCCAAAGACACCAGCACACAGCAUAGAGACUGCAUGGGGAAGAGACCAAAUACAGACACUGAACUUGGGGAAAGUUUCAAUAACUGCUCUCUCCUGAAGAAGCAUCAUCAAACUGGUGCAGAAAAGGGUGCUUACAAGUGUAGUGAGUGUAGGAAAAGCUUCACUCAGGAAAAAUACCUUCAGAUACAUCUGAGAACUCACAAAGGAGAGAGACCUUAUAAAUGUAAAGAAUGCGGGAAAAGCUUCAGUCGGAGUUCAGUGCUCAAAGAUCACACCAUGAGUCACAGAAUGGAACAACCGUAUAAAUGUACUGAGUGUGGGAAAAGAUUCAGAGCGAAGACAAUCCUUGUAUAUCAUCGUUACAUAGUCCACAGGGUGGAGAGACCCUAUAAGUGUCCAUACUGUGGCCAGCAAUUUGUCCUAAGAGAGAGACUUAUUCAACAUCAGAGAAUCCACAAAGAAGAGGAACCUAGAGGAUUUAAUGAUGGGAUCAUGAGUGAAGAUGAAGCUAAGAAUCUCCAGCGGGAAGGGCCUGCAGGAGCAGAACCACAGAGGACAUUAUCGGGGAGACCCCGGGGUCCUGAGCAGGGAGGAGGCUGUGGAAGUCAGGGUAUGCCACGAAGGCAGCAGGGAUGCCCUGCAGGCAAAAGAGGCAGUAUAUCUAAUAAACGCGAGAGAGAUUCCAAGAAAUUGAAAAGCACCAUCGCUCAUGAGGGCACCAACACUGGAGCACAAACAAGCACAAAUGAUGACAAUGAGAAAAGCUUCAGUAGCAACUCAGCCCUUUCCGUGCAUCAGAAAAUCUACCUGCAAGAGAAACGUUAUAGCUGUGCUGAAUGUGGGAAAAGCUACCACCAGCAUGCUCACCUUCGAAGGCAUCAGAAAAACCAUACAGGAGAGAGACCCUAUGUAUGUGCAGACUGUGGAAAGAGCUUUGUGUAUAGGUCAAUACUCAGCAGACAUGAAAGGACCCACAAAGAGGAGAAAAACUAUAGCUGCACUGACUGUGGGAAAAACUUCAGUGAGUACUCAUACCUUACUAUGCAUCAGAGAAUCCACAGAGAGGAGAGACCCUAUCAGUGUCCCGACUGCGACAAAAGCUUCAGGCUGCGAGGACACUUUACCAGUCACUGUAGAACCCACACAGGGGAUAAACCUUACAAAUGCACUGAAUGCGGGCAAGGCUUUGGGCGGAAAUCAACCCUGACUAAACACAUGAGGAUCCACACCGGAGAGCGGCCCUAUAAAUGUGCACAGUGUGAUAAAAGCUUUCGUCAGAAGUUCGUCCUUUCCCAGCAUCAGUUAAUACACCAGGGAGAGAGGCCUCACAAAUGUACUGAAUGUGGGAAAAUCUUUCUUCAGAAGUCCCACCUUACCACGCAUCUGUCUGUGCAUCGAGGAGAUAGACCUCACAAAUGUACUGAAUGUGGGAAAAGCUUCAAUGACCGAUCAAAUCUUGUUAAACACUUGACAAAUGUCCACUUGAAAAAGAAACCCCAUACAGCAAAUGUAGCUUCAGGUUAAAUAGUUCUACAAUUGUAAUGAUAGAAAAUAAUGGAGUGGUACUUUUUUGAUUCUGGUGAGACAUUUCUCCACUCAUACUUAUUCUAAAAUACAAGGGUUAAGGAGGAUAGGUUGGUAGUAUCGCCUUAUUUAUGAUCAUGGGAGUGAGAUGUGGGAGCGGGAAAAAGCUGAUGGAGAGGAACUGAUCUUUCAAUGGGUUUUGGGGGUGGUUAGUGGGAAUUUCAAGGGAGUGGAAUUGAAUUUUGCAAGUUGAGCAGCUGCAUGCUAUCUAUGGAUGCAAUGCAUGGAUUGCAUUCCUAUGUGAGCCCUGAAUAUGACUUCCUGAAUGACUGUGCGAGUGGGAUGAUUCCAUCCAGCCCCUGAACACACUACAGAACAAAAUGGCAUCCUCCACACAUUGUGAAGACGGGUAUUUUAACAUGGCGCUCUAUAAACGGAUUAAAACCUGGCAAACUGAGAUGUUUCAAAAUGUAACUGUAAACAGGGAAUCCUUGUUGAACAGGUGUGUUUCUAGUGGGAUCCUGCAGAGAUCGGUUCUUAAUCCUCUGCUUUGUAACAUUUUUAUCAAUGACCCGGAAAAAAAAUAUAAAAUGAUCACUGGUAAAAUUUGCAGAUAACACAUAAAUUGGGGGAUUGGUAAAUAAUGAAGAGGACAGGUCACUGAUUUACAGUGAACUGGAUCACUUUGCAAACUGGGCAAAAAAAAAACCUGUAUGCAUUUUAAUGUGACUAAAUGUAAAUAUAUUCAUGUAUGAAUGAAGAACAUAGGCUAUACUUUAAGGAUGGGGGAUUCUACCCUGGGAACGUGGGACUGUAAAAAAAAAAAUUGGGGUGUGGUGGAUAAUCAGCUGAAUAUGAGCUCCCAGUGCAAUGCUGUCUCCAAAAAAGCUCAUGCAAUCCUGAGAUGCAUAAAUGGGAAUCUUGAGUAGGAGUAGAGAGGUUAUUUUACCUCUGUAUUUGGUACUGAGGCAACUAUAUUUUUUUUAAACAUGUCUCAGGGUUUAUCUACUCCGGAAGUUUUACUGGUCUAAUUUUGCAAGUACGGUUAUAAUGGCAUAACUUCCUGUGAAUAAGUGUGUCAACAUGGAGAGUUACAGAGGCAUAAUUACAAUGGUAUAUUUUACGCCAGUUAAAUUCCACGUGUAGACAAGCUCUUAGCAAGAGCAGUUUUCAAGGUAACAGGUGAACAGGAGUGAGUCAGCCUUGCCCCACCCUCACAGCAGCUUUCUAUGAUGCACUAACUGGCUAUAGCACUAUUGGCUAAAGAUACAGCUCACUUUCAAAGGCAUAUGGUUAAUAAUGGGCUGCCAACAAGUGCAUCUUCACCUGGAUCUGCCAUCCCCAGCAGUUCAGUCUAUUCCAAGUGGGUAGGCACACCAUGAUUUUUCUCCCGUAAGGCAAGUACUCUAACUGGGCCAGUAUAACUGGUAAUGCAAGUGCUACUCCUUCCCUGAGCUGUGCAUCCUACAGUCCACUGAGGGUGUCUGAAAAAAAUACCCAUAAUCCUUGGUGCAGGGACCUGCUGCUUAUCCUCUAUGGAAUAGCUACCCAAAAUGUUUCCUAAUUUACUCCUAAAAAACACAUUUGGGCACAGUGCUGAGUAUGAACUGGAAAACAGAAAAUGCCCAGUUUAACUUGCAACCAAUUAAGCCUGAGUGUGAUUUGUUAGCUUAUGAGACAAAGUCCCCUAAGGCUUUGCAGCUAUGCAAAAUGUAUAAAGAAUAUGUGUGACAGAUUGCUAUGCUUGCUGGUGAAAUAAGGAAUGGAGAGGUACUGAGACUGAUCUGUUUGCAGAUGUCUUACCCAUUAAUGGCAAGUCCUAAAUGUUUUGCUGGGUAAGGGAGAUGUGAGUGGUAUGAACAAAACAAGGAAGUAACUAGGUUGUAAACAACUGGGGUAUAUGUGACGGUAUAAACAAAUUGGAACAGACACAGGUGUUGACACUUAAAAAUAGGUCAGAAAAGCUAUCUAGCAAGGAAUGGAAUUUUACAAUGUAGUAAUUGAUGACAUAUUUUAUAUAAGAUAUAUUUUUGCAAUGUACUAACCGCAAUAUAUUUGCAAGAUAUGUAACAAAUAAUUUCCAAAAAAGGCCAUAAACCAUGAUUAAUUACUUGGUGUUGAAAGACUUGGAAAAUUACAAGGAAGAGGGAACUGAGGAAAGAGCUUUAAGGCCAGGUGUGCACGUUAUGUGAAUAACGUAGCUGGAGUUGACAUACCUUUGGUGAACUUAUUGUGGUGUUUACACCGCGCUAGGUUAACAGGAGAAACUCUCCCAUCAACUUACCUUAUGCUUCUCGUUCUGGUGAAGUACCAGAGUUGACAAGAGAGCAAUCGGUGGUCAAUUUAGUGGGUCUUCAUUAGAUACACUAAAUUGACCCCCAGAGGAUCGAUCGCCAGACAUUGUUUCCCCUGGUAAGUGGAGACAAGCCCUAAAAUAUGGGAAAGUAUGCACUAGGAGGAGGCAAUAAAUAAGGGUUGGAAUGUUGAACUAAGAAAAGUUACCAGGGUAUAACUACCACAAGAAAUCAUAAGAAAGUAAGACCAUUGGCAGACAAGAUCCAGACUGUCUGCAGCUACAGAGAAGGCCCUUCACAGGUGUGGGUAAUAGUAUACCUCUCUGUAUGUGCUGUCUUGAGUGUUUAAUAAAUUCAUUCAAAGCAGACUUGUUAACCAAAUCUAAAUUUAAGAGAAGGCUAUUCAUUAAACGUAAUCACAAUUAAAAUUCCUAUCCAUUAUUAGCUAUUCAUUUAUUAAUUAUUGGUUGAUUAUCAACACAAGAAAUAUGUAAACUACAGUCACUGGAAGACUGUUCUCUACAUUGGUUACGUCUGACCUUUCUGUAUUAUGCUGUUUUAUUGCUAAUCAAUAAAGUGAUUGAGCUGAGGUAUCUGAGGUCUCAUUAACUGAUGACAAACUUAGUUGCUGGUUAACUUAAAUCACUUACAAGAUCACGUUUCUAGCUGUAAUGGGAAUAGGGCCUCAGAAUGACUGGAUUUCAUAAGGAUGGAGGGCAGUGUUCCAGAAGUGUGAGGCAUGAAGGGGAAGUGACUACAGAUCAAUGAAGAGAUGCCUUUCUUUUCAUUUCUCAAUAGACUGAUUUAACAAAAGUAGCACUACUUGACACUAUUAACUCUGUGUGCUGUUAAUUAAACAUGAAUGCCCCAGUGAAGGUGGGUGCACCUAUUAGGAAACAGUGAGUUUGUGUAUUUCUUUGGUUGUGCUGGGGACUGUUGUGACACUGUAGCUCACAACAAAAACAUCCCCAUGGCUUCUAGUACUAAGGAACACAUUGCUUUUUCUCUGGGAGGUUAUGGGGGUAAAUCUCUUGUUCUUGAAGAAUUUCUAAGGGGAUCCAUUUUUGCUCAGCUCUCUGCUCCCUCCCUCUCACUGGGAAGAGUCUGGGAUCUGAGCCCCUCUUCUUUUACCCAUCUGCAAAAUCAAUUCUUCUUUCAUCAACUGCCAUGAUGUUGUUCAGUCCCAACAGCCACAUCAGAGCAGACCAAUCGUACAGCUAGUCCUGUGUCUGACAGCAGCCAGCACUACAUGCUUGGUUGGAACAUGCAGGAAACACCGUAGUGGACAAUUAUGGGAAAAUCUAUCCCUAGCAAAAGUUUCUGCCUAAUCCUGUCAACCAGUUGUUGGGUUUUGCCCUGAAACAGAUUCCUCAUAUAUACAUUAUAUAUUAGUUCAGCUAGGGAGGUUCUCAUUAUCUGUUUCUAUCUGAUCCUUUUCAAAAUUUCAUGAGGUUCAAGUCUCAAUGCUAUCUAGUGGAAAUGAUUUCCAUAGGUUUAUAUAUCUGUAUAUGAGAUAAUCUGAUCUUCUGUAUAUCACAGGCUAUUACAUUUUACCCAGCUACCCAAUAACCUAUGUUUUCCUAAAGAACACCUAGAAAGGCAUCUAGCCUUGAUCUGAAGACAUCAAGAGAAUCCACCACUUCCCUUGGAAGUUUGUUCCAGUGGUUAAUCACCCUCACCUUUAAAACUUGGGAAUUAAUACUCUAAAUGCUCUUUAUUGAUUACAAACCAAACCUUUCUCACUCCACGUUCACACCCCAAACAUACUAUCCCAGAGUCCAAAGGUCAGAAUGAUCCUGAGGGUCAGUCAAGGUUCCUUCCGUCAGGAUAAGAUCAUAAGAUGCAGGGAGCCAGCAAAAACUACAUCUAUAUCCACACAAGGCUCUGCAUCAAUAAACGAUUCUGAUUUGCAGAAAUCAUAGGCACCCAUUUAUAGUGCAUUCUGUUGUGUCAUCAGUUCUUGGCCUAGUAAACAAAGGCAUUCUACCCACACAAUUCCAAAGACACAAUCUUGGGCAGGCUGCCAUGAUCCAAGGCAUGCUAUUUCCUCCAAUUCUUAUACAAUUUUAUAUCAGUCCAGCUGGUGAUGUUUCCUUUUCUGAUGAUUUUCUGCAUUUUUCUCAGAACAUAAGAUUGUUUUUGCACUAAUAGUUCUUGACCUUAAGUUCUUACUUUGGUUGCCAACUUGCAAUGCAUGUAUUCAUGUCAACCAUGCAUCAUUCAUACUAGUCUCAAUGACCUAUAACAUAUUACAUGGUAUAAGAAUCACACUAUAUAUAUAUAUAUAAUACCACAACACUUGUAUUUGGCCUUAUUGUUUGUUUACUUCUCCUUGUAUGGUUAUUAC